UUAAAGGAACAAACAACUCUCUCCUCUCUCCCUCUCUCUCUAUCUCUCUCGCGCUGACCUGAAAUUGCAUUCUUGUUGUUCAUAAUUUUAUUCAUACGAUAAGCAUGGAUACAAGGGUGCUCUUACUUCUAUUCAUUGUCAGCAGCUUCUGGUGCUGCAACGCUCGAGACCUGACAGCUAAUUAUAACACCAAGAAGAGUGACAUUGUUACAGGGAGCGAAGCUCAGCAUGUGGAAGAAGUUAGAAAGAACGAAAAUUUGUGUACAUUGUGUGAAGAGUUUGCUUCUGACGCUCUUAAUUACCUCGCCGAGAACAAAACCCAAACAGAAAUCAUUAGCACACUUCACAAAUCCUGCUCUAAAGUACCUUCGUUUAAGCAGCAGUGCAUUGUUUUGGUGGAUUACUAUGCCCCUCUAUUUUUCUUAGAGGUUUCCACGCUACAAGCUGAAGAUUUCUGUCUAAAGGUUGACCUUUGUGAGAAAAAAGCUUCCGUUGCUCAGCAUCUCACUAAGGAUAAAUGUGAUUUAUGCCAAAACGUUGUUACAGAGGCUUUACUCAAGUUGAAAGAUCCCGACACUGAGUUGGAAAUAGUUCAGCUUCUUCUCAAGGCAUGCAGCUCUGCUGGGAAAAAUGUCACAAAGUGCAAGAGACUAGUUUUCGAGUAUGCGCCUAUUAUUCUCGUUAAUGCCGAGCAGUUCCUGGAAACAAAUGAUGUUUGCACAAUACUGCAUGCUUGCGAUUCAGAGCCAGCUGCUGCAGAGGCAUCCAUGCAUGCUGCAUCUUAGUGGAGGUGAUCUUCUUAUAGGCAGGCACCACUUUGAUCUUGUUAAUGCUAUAAGAAUGUCGGUGUGAUUACGUUCUACUAAGUUGUACAUUAUAAUCGAACCAAGAUUAAAGCCCUUUUGCUUCAUUCGUAAGAUCAAAACUUUUGCUACGUUGUAAUUAAUUUUUACUUUUUUUUUUUUUUUUUAAUUUAAAUUGUGUCAACUGAUGUUUAAUUAGUAAAUAUAUUUUCAUUUUAAACUGUGAUAUUUGGUAUUGAUGGUUUUUUGGGUUU